AUGAAGUUCUCUGCCAUUGCCAUCGCUGCCGCAGCCAGCAUCGUCGUCGCCGACCCCAUCUUCCUUGGAAAGCCCGCCGCUGGAGGAGUUGACCCCAACACCUUCUGGUUCUCUCAGUCCCAGACCCCCACCCCCGCUCCUCCUCCUCCUGCCCCCACCACCCAGGCUCCUCCUCCCCCUCCUGCCCCCACCUCUUCCCAGGCUGCCCAGGAGACCUGUAUCGCUCCCGCCUCUACCAACGAGAAGCGAUCUCUUGCUCUGAUCUCCCAGGUCUUCUGCACCAAGAAGUGCUUCAAGCUCUCCUUCGGUCUUAACACCUGUCAGGGUCUCAAGUCCUGCGAGUGUCAGUUCCUUGACGGCUUCGCCUGGACCCAGAAGUGUCUGUCCUGUUCUCAGGCUUACCCCCAGUACGGUAUGCAGGAGAUUGAGGAUGUCAUCAAGAAGUGCCACCCCCAGGAGGCCACCUCUACCAUUGCUCCUCCCCCCGUUAUUGUCACCACCACUCCCCCCGAUGUCACCACUUCUCUGCCCGAGUGUGAGGUUCCCCCUCCCACCUGUACCCCCGAGCCUUACUACCACUCUUCCCUCGAUAACAUGCUCAACAAGCGAUUCGAUAUCAUUGGUAAGCUCACCUGCAAGAAGACCUGUAACACCGUUGUUGGCGACCUUAACUCCUGUGGUGAGGAUGCCAAGUGCAUCUGCGACAAGAUCAAGGCUACCAAGUCUGCCGUUGACCAGUGUACCUCUUGUGUCCAGCAGUACAACAUGUGGCCUUACUUCAACGUCGACAACCAGCUGCUCCGAUACGUCGAGGCUUGCCAGGCUGUUGCCACCCCCACUGCCACCCCCACUCCCAUCAUCCCCGUCUGCCCCACCUCCGGUGUGUCUUCCGAGGCUGUCCCCUCCUCCACUGUUGCCGCUCCUUCUUCUUCUCCUUCUUCUUCCGCUCCCGCUUCUUCUGCUGAGGAGACUUCCAAGACUGAGUCCAAGACCGAGUCCAAGGCUUCUUCCACCGAGGCUUCUUCUUCUGCUCCCUCUCCCGCCCCCACCAACGGCACCGUCUCUUCUUCCACCGCUUCUUACACUACCAAGACUCUGACUUCCACUGUCCCUUGCCACGAGUGUGAGCACGGCGGAAACAAGACUGUCAUCGUCACCGUCACCGAGGAGUGCUCCACCGAGCUGCCCUCUACCACCGAGGCUCCCGUUGCUGACACCACCUCCGCUCCUCUGACCACCAAGACCUCUGUCGUUAACGGCAAGACCAUCACUGUCACCGAGCCCUGCGAGGAGUGCGAGCACAAGACCGCCUCUCCUUCUCUGACCACCAAGACCACCGUCAUUGGCGACAAGACCGUUACCAUCACCGAGGAGUGCUCCACCGAGGAGGCCACCGCUGCCCCCACCUCUUCUGUUCCUACCUCCGAGGCCCCCGCUGCUGAGUCUACUGCCCCCGUCACCACCAAGGUCACUGUUGUCAACGGCAAGACCGUCACCGUCACUGAGGAGUGCGAGGAGUGCGAGCACAAGAAGACCGAGCACCCCGAGGCUGCUCCUUCUUCCACCGCCUCUCUGACCACCUACACCACCGUUGUUGAGGGUGUCACCAAGACCAUCACCGAGGAGUGCUCCACCGAGGUCCCCGCCACUGAGGCCCCCAAGCCCACUUCCGAGGCCCCUGCUUCCGAGACCCCCGCUUCUGAGGGCCCCAAGCCUACUUCCGAGGCUCCCGCUGCUUCCCCCGCUCCUUCUGCUUCCGUCGAGCUCACCACCAAGGUCACCAUCGUUGAGGGUAUCACCAAGACUCUGACCGAGGCUUCCACCAUUGCCCCCGCUCCUUCUGGUGAGUCCAAGCCCGAGCCCAAGCCCGAGUCCCCCGAGGGUAAGCCCGCUCCUUCCGGACCUGCUUCCGGCCCUGCUCCUGCUCCCUCUGGACCUGCUUCCGGCCCCGCUCCCUCUGGACCUGCUUCCGGCCCCGCUCCCUCUGGACCUGCUUCCGGCCCCGCUCCCUCUGGACCCGCUGCUGGACCCGCUCCUUCUGGACCCGCUUCCGGCCCCGCUCCUUCUGGACCUGCUGCCAGCCCUGCUCCUUCCGGACCCGCUGCUGUUCCCCAGGCUCCUGAGCAGGCUCCUGAGCAGUCUGUCCCCGCCCAGGCCAACGGCGCUGUCACCAACGGUGUCUCCGCUGCUGUCCUCGCCGCUGCUGGUCUCCUUGCUCUUUUCUAA